AUGGCUCAGAAAAGAAACGUGACGUUUGUGCAGGAGUUUGCAGCCGGAGCGGGAGCGGGUGUUUCGGAGCGAUCGAAGAGCCUCUCGGCAGAGUCGUACCGGGGUGUGAUGGACUGCUUCGCAAAGAUCAUCAGGCAUGAAGGAUUCCGACGCCUGUACCGUGGCAUCACCGUUCCCAUCCUGAUGGAGACCCCGAAAAGAGCAGUCAAAUUCUCGUCCAACGACAUCUUCACCAGACAGUACCUGCGCCUCCUCGGCGCCCCGAAAGUCAAUCAGACCGUAGCCUUACUCGCCGGCUCGACCGCUGGCGCCGUGGAAGCCGUGGUGGUGACGCCGUUCGAGCUCGUCAAGGUACGACUGCAAGACCCCUCUGUCGCGAGCAGAUACAAGUCCGUGACGCGGUGCGUGGCCCAUGUCGUCAAGAGCGAGGGUCUCCUCGUGCUGUACCAAGGCUUCGAGAGCACCCUGUGGCGCCACAUCGUCUGGAACGCCGGGUACUUUGGGAGCAUCUUCAAAGUCAAGGCGGCGCUGCCCACGCCCUCGACGGACGUCGAGCAGACCCUCACGAACUUUGUCACCGGCGCGAUCGGCGGCAGUUUGGGCACCGUGCUCAACACGCCCCUGGACGUCGUCAAGACGAGGAUCCAGGCGUCAACCCGGGCAAAAGGUGCCGCGGCAAAAUAUAACUGGGCUUUCCCGGCGUUGAUCACGGUGGCGCGCGAGGAGGGUAUCAGGGGUCUGUAUAAAGGCCUGACUGCGAAGCUUCUGCGGUUCUGCCCAGGAGGGGGUAUCUUGUUGGUAGCGCACAGUCAGAUUCUGAACAUGUUUGAGGCGUCGAAUAAUGCGAGGAUGUUGAAGCAGGAUCUGUGA